AUGCGAAAACCAAUAUCGUUGUCGUGCAAAGCCCUCCGCUCAGCUUUACAAACCUCAUCCUCGACCCAAUGGCACCGUCAGGGCAAAGUUCGGUUGACCAAAUGGUUCAUUACCAUCCCUCCCAAGGAAAAGCAAAAGAUCGUCAAGGAUGCAACACAAUUGGUACUUGCGCGACGAGUGAAAAUGUGCAACUUUUUGGAAUACAAAGACCAAAAGAUUGUUUAUCGAAGAUAUGCAAGCCUGUUCUUUGUGGCCGGUAUCAACCAAGACGAUAAUGAAUUGAUCACCCUGGAAAUCAUCCAUCGUUAUGUGGAAAUCUUGGAUCGCUAUUUUGGCAAUGUAUGCGAAUUGGACUUGAUCUUCAACUUUCAAAAGGCAUAUUUCAUUCUCGACGAGCUGAUAAUUGCUGGUGAAAUGCAAGAGACGAGCAAAAAGUCUGUUCUACGUGUGAUUACCCAGCAAGACCAAUUCGAGGAUCAAGAAGUGAAUGAGCAGAAAUCAGGAUAA